UAUUGUUACCACGAGUGAUGUGAAGAGGGCAGGACUCAGGUGAGGAAGAACAGGAAAAACCGAUGGGAGAAACUCGGUGGGAGGAACUGUAAACAAAUGUUUAUGUGUGUAAGAGAGCGUAAGAAAGUGCCUGGGACUGAAGACUGCUGUAAAAAGGACACAUCUUUUCACUACUACUAACAGGAAGAUUUUUUUUUUCAUUUUUAUUUGUUCAUAUUUUUUCUUUGGAGGGGCAGGGUGGAGGAUUACUGGAGCCUGUCUUACAAGAUGGGAUGGAUUUUUAUGUCAUUUGUUGCCGCGGGCAGUAAAGUGGGUCAACACCUGAGAAGGAGCUAAAAGGAGAAGCUGAACUGAGACCGCUUUUGUCCCGCUGAAAGAGCACAAGAGAGGAAGGACAGACUAAACUUUCUGGCAAUACUAAAGAGGAAGAAUGCAUAACUGGACAGGAAACACAUUCUUUUUUGGGGGGGGGGAAUAUACACAGAAUUAGUUGAUUUUUGCUGCUUCUACUAUAUUAACCACAAACUAAUUUGGUGAUAAAUAUUCUCCUUUAGCUGUUGCUGCUUUUUAAGUAUCAUUUUGGGCUCAUUUUUAUGCCUCUAAAGAUAACUCAUCACCUUUCAGCUACCAAAGGUCAAACAUUCCAAGAGAUCGACAGAUCAGCUGAAGGAGGGAUCAUUUCCUCUACUCACACUGAAAACGACGCAUACACACUCUCACACACUCCACUGCACUCCCACCAUGCAGGCACCGCCACCUGAGCACGAUGACACUUUUGAUUUCCUGUUUAAGAUCAUCCUCAUUGGGGACACCAACGUGGGGAAGACCUGCGUGCUCCAGAACUUUAAGUCAGGGGUUUUCUCUGACAAACAGCAGAACACCAUCGGAGUGGAUUUCACAGUGAGGACGGUGGAUAUUGAAGGAAAGAAAGUAAAGAUGCAGGUGUGGGACACAGCAGGUCAGGAGAGGUUUCGGACCAUCACUCAGAGUUACUAUCGCAGUGCUCAUGGCGCCAUGAUUGCCUAUGACAUCACACGAGGCUGCACCUUUGAUUCGGUGAACCAUUGGAUCAAGGAGGUAGAGUUGUAUGGAGCUGCCAAUGUACUCUUGGUACUAAUAGGUAACAAAUGUGACAUGGAGGAGGAGCGGGAGGUUCCGUUCGAGAAAGCUUGCAGUCUGGCAAAAGAAAAAGGCAUACUCGCUGCUUUGGAAACAUCCGCCAAGGAAAGUCAGAAUGUGGAGGAAGCCUUCUUGAUGAUGGCCAGGGAGCUGCUGUCUCGUAACGGCCUCAACGUCCAGCAGGAUAACGUUGAGAACAACGGCAUGCCUCGGAUCCUCCUCAGAGAGAACUCUCGACCAAUCAGUGUCAGCGUCGGCGCCUACGUUCCACCAGAGAAAGAGAAGAAGUCGUGCUGCUGACGCAGAGAAACUGUGACUGGAGAUGCUUGAAGGGUUUUAUUUAUCGGGAAUGCUGAUGAAUGGAAUGAAAGAAAGCAGAAGGAUUCCUGGAUGAAGAUCUGUGAGGCAUGAUAUACUGAGUAUCUGCCAGAAGGCAGAUGUCAAAGAGAUGGUGAAGAAACAUUCAUUGUAUUUGAUCUGAGAGGAAUGCUGAUGAAGCGUCUUCACCAGAAAGAUCUGUGAUUAGUGUUCAGGAAACGCUACAGCCAAACGAUCCCCUUUCAUAUCAACUGGUCCAUGCUGCUAAUAUUUUUCUAAAUUCAAAUAGUUUAAAGUAAAUACAUUUACAGCACUGGAAGUCUGACAGUACGCUAAGUGCUUGGGGUUUUUUACGAUGCGAUUUUGUUCAAAUUAAGUUGAAAUGUUUUUGAAAGAGGUUUUUUUUUUUGCCUAUGUGGUGUCUCUUAGUACCACCGUGAAUUUAAGUUUCCAAAACGGCUUGCCAUACACAAAGCUACUGUGAAAUAUGUCUGAAUUGAUUUCACGACGCAGCUGCAAAAAAAGCUGUGAAAAUAAUACAUGCCAUAUUUGAUCAUGAGUAGCUUUCGGCGAACUCUUUCAGCAUGUCAGUAAACUCUGACCUCUGAGGACAAAUAUGACUUUUCUAACCCGUUGACCACUGAAGGGACAAUGUCUGAACACUAGAUGGUGCUGUGCUGCACCUCAUGAUGGAGCUGCUGUUAGGGUUGCUUUUGCCUUUAUAUAUAUAUAUAUAUAUAUAUAUAUAUAUAUAUAUAUAUACAUAACAGAUACGUGAUUUGAAAGAAAAAAGUAUCCAAAUAGAAACAGUUUGCCUCAAAGCCAUUUUCCGGAAAAUAUAUAAUAUAUUAUUACAAUGAGGUCAUCACACGAGAAAAAGAGGUUAUUACUUUUUGCUAAAUCUAGCUUUGCUUAAGAGAUUCAUACAUCUAUGAAUAUUUGCUAGACUUGGCCAUGUUUCAUUAAUAAAAUUCAGAGAUUUUUAAUUUUGUUUUAUUUCCCUUUGUAUAACUUUGUGUUGGCCUGUCAAAAAACAUGUAAAAGCAUUGGGGAAAAUGUUAUACAGGUGGCAACUGUUGCUAAUAUGCACCAAAUCUCCCUUUCCAGCAAGCAUUUAAUGAAUCAUAUCGGUCUUGGCUAUGAAAUCAUUUUUGUGCUUUUGAUUAAUACACUAGUUAAAAGUGGAAAAUGGACUUGAAAUGUAUCCGUGAGGCAGAACUACAGUCAAUACCCGGAUUCAGAGGCCAAAUGACACAAAAAGCUUGUUUGUAAUAGACCUAAUGUUUCCGUAAUAAUUCCCGUGCAGUAUCACAUCACUAUAAUAAAUGUUCUGCUGGUCAGUAGAGCUCUAGGCAAAUUCUCAGUAAUGUCCUUGUAGGACAAGCUGAGCCAAAAUCAGCUUCCUGUCAUUUCUCAUGGUCGAGCCUUACGCCCAAAUUAAAUAUGUCUACCCAUAAAGUUUGCUAUUAAUCACUCCCGUUCCUUAGGAAAACAAAUAAUCAGAAAAAAUAGACCAAGUUUAUU